GACGCUGCCACGUCGAGUGAGACAGUCGGUGCGGGUGUGAGAGAAGUGGCACUUUCGGCAUUUUGUAGAGUUUCGUCUUCCGAGCAGAAGAUUGUUGUAGCAUUGGAUACUUUGAAUAUUUAAAUAUGAGAAUUGUUUUAUCAUUUUUGGCGAUAGCCCUUUUGGGCUCCGCGAUCGGAGACGAAAUUCCAACUGAAGACAAUGUCCUUGUUCUAACAAAACCCCUUUUCGAUGAUAUUAUUACCAAGACAGAAUUUAUUUUGGUGGAAUUCUAUGCACCAUGGUGCGGCCACUGCAAAUCACUCGCGCCGGAGUACGCCAAAGCAGCUACAAAGUUGGCUGAAGAAGACUCCCCAAUCAAACUCGCCAAAGUCGAUGCCACGCAAGAACAAGACCUGGCCGAAAAUUACAAAGUUAGGGGAUACCCAACCCUUAUUUUCUUCAAGAACGGCAGCCCUAUUGAUUAUACCGGUGGCCGUCAAGCUGAUGACAUCAUCGCUUGGUUGAAGAAGAAGACUGGACCUCCAGCUGCCACAGUUGCAUCAGCUGAACAGGCUAAAGAGCUGAUUGCCGCCAACCCCGUAAUUGUAUUUGGUUUCUUCCCUGACCAAACUACACUGAAGGCUGUUACUUUUGUAAAUACUGCUGGUUUGGUUGAUGACCAAGUAUUCGCUCUUGUUUCUGAUGAGAAGAUCAUUGAAGAGCUUGAAGCUAAACCAGAAGAUGUUGUCCUGUACAAGAAUUUCGAAGAACCAAGCGUCAAGUUUGAAGGCGAAGAGUUCACAGAGGACAUCUUCAAGAACUGGGUGUUUGUACAAAGCAUGCCCACCGUUGUCGAGUUCUCCCACGAGACCGCUUCCAAGAUCUUCGGCGGACAGAUUAAAUACCACCUCCUGUUGUUCCUUUCCAAGAAAAAUGGUGAUUUCGAGAAAUACCUAGAAGUCCUGAAGCCCGUCGCCAAGACUUACCGCGAGAAGAUCAUGACCGUGGCUAUUGACACCGAUGAAGACGACCACCAGAGAAUAUUAGAGUUCUUCGGCAUGAAGAAGGAUGAGGUGCCCUCGGCGCGAUUGAUCGCAUUGGAACAAGACAUGGCCAAGUACAAGCCGGCCACUAACGAGCUCACCGCCAACGCUAUUGAGGAAUUCGUGCAAUCGUUCUUCGCGGGCACUCUGAAACAGCACCUCCUCAGCGAGGACCUGCCGGAGGACUGGUCGGCGAAGCCCGUCAAGGUGCUGGUCGCCAGCAACUUCGACGAGGUCGUCUUUGACAGCAACAAGAAGGUCCUCGUCGAGUUCUAUGCUCCAUGGUGCGGCCACUGCAAGCAGCUGGUGCCGAUCUACGACAAGCUGGGAGAGCACUUCGAGAAGGACGACGACGUCGUGAUCGCCAAGAUAGACGCCACCGCCAACGAGCUGGAGCACACCAAGAUCACGUCAUUCCCCACUAUCAAGCUCUACACUAAGGACAAUCAGGUGAAAGACUACAACGGCGAGCGAACACUCGCCGCCAUGACCAAGUUCGUUGAGACUGACGGUGAGGGAGCAGAGCCCACUCCAUCUGUGUCGGAGGAAGAUGAAGACGACGAAUCGGCGCCCAGAGACGAAUUAUAAGCUGUCAUCAAGCUCCCGCUCUUUUGAGACUUCCAUAGAUUAUAUUGUACUGUAUAGAUUAUAAUUAUUAUGAAUUAACACUUAACAUGUGCAUUUUGUAAGCUAGGCUGUUAAUUUUUAUAUUGUGUUGAGGUUGUACUUCAUUUCGUUACGUUUAAUGUCGUUGGACACAAACAAUUUUUAUAACAGAUUAAUAAGGGCCCCACUCUAUUCUCAGUGGCCGCAUUGUCUAUGAUAUUCUUUUUCCAUUAAUACUCUAUCCUAAAGUUUGAUCCGUUUAGGAUGAACAAUUUUCUCAGUAAUUUAUUCGGUAAAGCAUAAUUUAUUACAUAAUCAGCAGCAUUAGAUUAUGUAUGUGUGUAUAUUUAUAAUUUCUGUAUCAUAAUGGAAUUUUUUUACAUUCCUAAGUACAAAGUUGAGUUACAGCGAACAAGCGGUACGUCGCUUUUAAUUCUAUUUUUGUUAUAUUUUGUAUAUCAACGUUUUAUUUCAUCACAAGGGACAUUCGGUUAAGUAAAAUGGUUUUGUGCCAAAUUGGCAUUUAUUUUUAUAUAAAAUACAUAGAUCAAAGGUGCUUUGAAGAAAAAUUAAGAUCGUGUUUGUCGAGUUCGGUUGUUAAAUGUAAAUAUUUAAUUUGAAUCAAAUCCGCAUUGUUGUCAUUAUUGUGGAUACAGAAAUUGAUAAAUAAAAAAUAUUAAAUGA